AUUCAAAAUCUUGCACAAAAUCGUAGUAGGGUUUCUUCAGAAUCUCACUUUUAUUUUCGAUCUUUAACAAUUGAUUUAACAAACAGUUUCCCCCCAAAUUAACCCAAUUCGCGAUCUGGCGCUCUUUGAUUUAUCCCGGUUCCGUAGAGCGUUUCAAAGCAAACCCUAGAUUUCAAUUUGUGAAAACAUUUGCUCUUUUUUGUUUAGUUUACGCAGGGUUUAUCGUGAGACCCAAAACUACCCAGUUGGAGAUCUGCGGAGGGAAUGAGAGGUGAUAAAAUGGCAAAAAGAUCCUCUUUUGGGAAAACGUUAAGAAAGAGGUUGUCUGAUAUCACAAAUUACCAGCAAAAUUCCAAAUCGCCACCUCUAUUUGAUCAAAUUCUUCCACCAGACGAUUCAUUGUAUUCGGCUAAAAACCACGUCGAUCAUCUCUUAAAGGAAAAUGCAGAGCUUAUGAAGCUUAUCACAGACAAAAACAAAAUGAUAGAGGUGAAUGGAGUGGAGCUUCAGAAGCUACGAAUUAUUGUUCAGAAAACACAGUUGCAAAAUUGGAGUCUUGCUCAAUCAAACAGCCAUAUGAUGGCGGAGCUUAAUUUAGGUAAACAGAAGUUAAAAACACUGCAACAUCAACUCACCUGCAAAGAUGCUUUGCUUAAAACCAUGAAUUUGGAGCUUCAAGCACAGCGUGAGACGAAUGAUCAGAAGGAUAUAUCACAGAAUGGUGACAACACUGCUACCAAACAACAAACUGCAAAUAGACGUAUGCGUCCAAUAAGAAGCCAAUCACAUGGCCCCUGGAUGACUACAGAUGAACAAGUUUCUGAGAAAGAAACGGCUGAGAAUAAAAGGCGUUGUGUGAGAAGGCAGACAGCUAGAUUCAGAUCAGAAGAAGAUGAAAAGUUGUUUGAGAUUGAAGAUGUUAAGAUGGAUGAAGAUGGUCAAACUUCAGUUGACCAAAAAAGAAGGCAUAGAAUCACAAAGAAUGUUGUUUGUUGGUAGACCAUCGCGUAGGGCUGCCGAAAAGGUCCGGUCUUAUAAGGAAACUCCUCUCAAUAUCAAAAUGAGGAGACCCGAGUAACUCUUAACAUAUUUGUGCUUUUUUUUUUCUUUCAAGAUUCCCUAAUCUGUCUACUAUUUAACUUGUG